AGAAGAAUGUUUCAUUAGAUAAUAUUUUUAUUUAAUAAUUUACAAGUAAAACGAAAUAAUGGUGUUUAUUUAAUUGCGAGUAUUUAAACUGAGAACGCAAUAGUGAAUAAUAAAUAUUUUCCACUAUAUGCUUAGUUUUAUUAAUUCGUACGAACAAAUUUGAAGAAAAAAAAAUCAAUACUGCAACUUAAUAACUAUGCACGGAAGAGUUUUAUAUGCAUUUAGAGGAUGGAUUGCUUUUAUUGCUUUCAUGGACUUGGGAACAGCUUUCCGUUGCUAUGUCGAAAAGAGGAGCUUUCUCUCACAAAAUCCAGAUAUUGAAAAUGUUGAUAUGGAUUAUACAAUUUGUCGCUUAAUCGGAAUGUAUUGUAUAUUCAAAGCAAUUGCAUUGGUGCACUGUACAUUAUUUAUACAUCAUAAACCAAUUGUAAUCAUUGGAUGCAGCUCAAUUGUGUUAACAAUGGUACUUUAUUCAACAGAAGCCUUAUAUUUUAGGUCAACUACAAUGCAUUUUUAUGUAAUUUUUCCCUUCUUACUAAAUUUUAUUACACUAGUUGGAUUAUUUUACAUACCUAGAAGAUUGCGACUCUGGGAUCCUUUCACUAAUAAAGAAGACGAAAAUAAUCAGUUGAUAAAGCAAAUGGCAACAUUCAAAAGAAGAAAAACUAGGAAACUUUCAUAGCUUAAUAAAUAUAUGGAUACAAAAAUAAACCCGGCAGAACAUUAAAAUAAAAAUGUUGACAUUCAAAACCAUUUCACUUCCACAGGUGUAUGUAGUUUUAUUAAUAAAGUAUUUCGUUUUUAUGCUUCAAAUAAAAAUGAUGUAUGCGAAUACAA